ACCGCGGGCGCCGAGGAAAUCAGUGACGUCACGCUCGUUAACGUUGCUGCCGUUAUGAGGGGGGAAGCCCCUCGCCCGUGUGCCCAGGCCCGGUCCCGGGUGGCCCUCCCGCUUGGGCGCCCCCCUCCCUCCUGCCAGCCCUCCAGCCCCUCCCCCCGCUGGGUUCCAGACUUCUGGCCCCACAGCUUCCAACCCCUCCGCCAUGUAGUCCAAAAGAUGUGGAGGGCACCAGGCACACCAUGAGCGACAUCCGCCACUCGCUGCUCCGACGGGACGCCCUGAGCGCCGCCAAGGAAGUGCUCUACCACCUGGACAUUUACUUCAGCAGCCAGCUCCAGAAUGUGCCGCUCCCCAUUGUGGACAAAGGCCCCAUCGAGCUGCUGGAGGAGUUCCUCUUCCAGGUUCCCAAAGAGCGCAACUCCCCGCCCAAGAGGCUGAACUCACUGCAGGAGCUCCAGUUGAUGGAGAUCAUGUGCAAUUAUUUCCAGGAGCAAAGCAAGGACACCAUCCAGCAGAUCAUUUUCUCCUCCCUCUUCAGCCCACAAGGGAACAAAGCUGAUGACAGCAGGAUGGCCUUGCUGGGGAAACUCGUCUCAAUGGCUGUAGCUGUGUGCAGAGUGCCUGUCCUGGAGUGUGCGGCUUCGUGGCUGCAGCGGACGCCAGCAAUCUACUGUGUGAGGCUGGCCCAAGCCUUGGUUGAUGACUACUGCAGUCUGGCACCAGGCUCCGUCCAGACCCUGAAGCAGAUCUUCAGUGCCAGUCCCCGCUUCUGUUGCCAGUUCAUUACAUCAGUCGUCAUGCUGUACGACAUGUCAUCAGAUGACCUGAUCCCCACUCCAGAUUUGCUGGAGAUGGUAGUUUCUUGGAUCUUUGAGGACCCCCGUUUAAUCCUCAUCACCUUCUUAAACACACCUAUUGCGGCCAGCCUGCCUAUUGGAUUUUUAGAACUCACCCCGCUGAGUGGUCUGAUCCGCUGGUGCGUGAAGGCUCCGCUGGCUUACAAAAGGAGGAAGCCCACUCUCUCAAAUGGCCAUCUCAGCGGGACGCUUGCCAAGGACCUGGCUGCUGGCUCAGACAAAGCCUGCCAUCCCUUGUACUCCAAGCUCCACCUCAGCAUCCUCCAGGUCUUGAUGCUGCUGCAGGGGCACCUGACAGAGAAGAACCUGUAUGGGCGCCUGGGGCUGGUGCCCUUUGACCACGUGGUUGCUCUCGUGGAGGAAAUGAGCAGACUCUCUGAUGAACUCAAUCCCCUCAACGCUGCCAAGGAAAUUGAGCUGGCUCUUGACCGGCUGGCACAGGCCUUGCAAGUGGCCAUGGCAUCUGGAGCACUGCUGUGCACAAGAGAGGAUCUAAGGACUGUGUGCUCCAGGCUACCACACAACAACCUGCUCCAGCUGGUGAUCUCGGGUCCGGUCCAGCAGCCAGCCCAUGCUCCUUUGCCUCCAGGAUUUUAUCCCCCCAUCCAUACCCCUCCGCUGGGGUAUCCUACCCACGCAGCGCACCCAGCAAUGCCAGCGCACCCGGCUCUUCCAGCCCACCCUGUACAGACAUUCAUUCCAGGCAUGGCGUUUCCCUACCGGCCAAUUCGCUAAAGAAACUUGACUCCAGCUCUGUCCAGGAAACCUGUUUCCAUCCAUUACAGAAAGAACCAAAUAUUACUUUCGGUGGUGGUGGUGGGGAUUAGUGCUGUGUCAUGUCAAGAACAGAUCUGAAGGCACCAGACAUUAAAACAGGACAAUUGGGGGGGGGAUUAAUCCUACUGUAUGGAUGAGGAGAGACGCCAAGCUGGCUAGAAUGAAUGGGAUCCUUUUUACUGUCAUCCCAGCAUAACUGUUUAAGUAGAACUCUUAAGCAGAACACAGGACGAGGGUAAGAUUCAUAAUCAGGUAUUCCAGUGACAACACCUUUUAUGCAACUCCUUUUUUCUCCCUCCUACCUAAGUAAAAAGUUUUAGCAUCUAAGAGAGCCAGGAGAAUAGCUAACUUGUGUUUUGUAAGCUGUUUUCUUGGGGUUCUGUUUAUGUGAAUAUAUAUAAUUUGAGUGUUACAUUUUUUUUAAAUGCAGGUCUUUGCUUCAAAAUUAGCAAUCUGUGGCAUUUUUUGUGAAAGCCACAACUCAAAAGCAAUAGUCUUCUAUUUCUCUCAGUUACAUUGUUCAACAUAGCUACAUUUGGUUAGGGAAAACUUCCGCCUUCAGCGUAACAGUCUAUUCCUCUAGCUGACAGCUAGGGAUUCACAGGGUGAGUUUGGCAAAGGUCUUUGUUUUUCUUUCCUUUUUACCAGAAAUGUAGGUGUUCAUUUGACAAAGUUCACAUGUUGCUUAAGCAAAAAUAAAACCACAGCUUAAAAGUG